UGUAUCGCCUGUGCUUCGCGGUUCCUGGUGAGUCGGCCGCGGUGUGUGCUGCGCUUUGUCUUGCGCUGGUCGUGGGAGUCGUAGGGACUCAGGGAGACCCAGGAAACCUAGAAAUGGACACAGUGGUCUUUGAGGAUGUUGCUGUGAACUUCACCCUGGAGGAGUGGGCUUUACUGGAUUUUUCACAGAAGAAACUCUACAGAGAUGUGAUGGGUGAAACCUUCAGGAACCUGGCCUCAGUAGGAAAAACAUGGGAAGAUCAUGACAUUGAAGAUGAGUGCAAAAACCAGGGGAGAAAACUAAGAAGUCAUAAGGUAGGAAGAAUCUGUGAAGGGAAAGAGGAUAGUCCAUGUAGAGAAAAUGUCAACCUUAUUCCAAAUCUCAAUCUGAUCAAGAAAACUCUUAUCAGGGUAAAACCAUGGGGACACAAAGUAUGUGGAAAAGUCCUUAUGCAUCAUUCAUCUCGUAAUAGGUACACCAGAAGUCACAUUGGACACAAGCCAUCUGAGUAUCAGAAAAAUGGAGGGAAGCCAUAUAAAUGUAAUGUAUGUGGGAAAGCCUUCAGUUAUCUGCAGUGUUUUGAAAAACAUAAAAGAAAUCACACUGGAGAGAAAACCUAUAAAUGUAAGGAAUGUGGGAGAACCUUCAUGCAGCUCAAAACUUUUCAAAGACACAUGGUAACACAUACCGGAGGUGCCUCUUAUGAAUGUAAGGAUUGUGGGAAAACUUCUAGUUCUUCAGCUUCACUUCAGAUACACGAAAGAGCCCACACUGAGGGGAAACCUUACAAACGUAAACAUUGUGGAGAGGUCCACAGAUAUCAUCAAACUUUGCAAAUACAUGAGAAGACUCACACAGGAGAGAAAUCCUAUGAAUGUAAAAAAUGUAGUAAAGCAUUCAGUUGUCCCAGUUCUCUCCGAAUACAUGAAAGAACUCACACUGGAAAGAAACCUUAUGAAUGUAAACAAUGUGGUAAAACCUUCAGAUAUUACCCUUCUUUCCAAACACACGAAAGAGUUCAUACUGGAGAGAGACCCUAUGAAUGUAAGCCAUGUGGUAAAACUUUCAGUUCUAAUAUAGGUUUCCAAAUACAUGAAAGAAAUCACACUGGAGAAAAACCCUAUAAAUGCAAAAAAUGUAGUAAAGCCUUCAGUUGUCCCAGUUCUUUUCGAAAACAUGAAAGAACUCAUACUGGGGAUAAACCUUACGAAUGUAAGGAAUGUGGGAAAGCCCUUAGAGCUCUCGCUAGCCUUCGAGUGCACAUGAUCACUCACACUGGAGUUGGACCUUAUAAAUGUAAGCAGUGUGAGAAAGCAUUUAUUUCUCCCAGUUCAUUUCGAAUACAUCAAAGGAGUCACACUGGAGAGAAACCCUAUGAAUGUACACAUUGUGGUAAAACCUUCAGGUAUUACCCUUCCUUUCAAAAACAUGAAAGAACUCACACUGGAGAGAAACCGUAUGAAUGUAAGGAAUGUGGAAGAGCCUUUAGUUGUUCAACUUCACUUCGAAUACAUGAAAGAACACACACAGGAGAGAAGCUCUAUGAAUGUAAACAGUGUGGAAAAGUCUGCAGAGAUUACACUUUCUUAGAAACACACAUAAGAACUCAUACUGGAGAGAAGCCCUAUGAAUGUAAACAGUGUGGAAAAGCCUUCAGAUGUUAUCAGAGUUUUCGGAGACAUGAGAGAAAUCACACUGGAGAAAAACCCUAUGAAUGUAAAAAAUGUAGUAAAGCAUUCAGGUGUCCCAGUUAUCUUCGAACACAUGAAAGAACUCACACUAGAGAAAAACCCUAUGAAUGUAAACAGUGUGGUAAAGCCUACAGAGGUUACAGUUCCUUACAAACACAUGAAAGGACUCACACAGGAGAGAAACCCUAUGCAUGUAAGGAAUGUGGAAAAGCUUUCAGGUGGUAUCAGAGUUUUCGAAGACAUGAAAGAACUCACACUGGAGAGAAACCCUACGAAUGUAAAGAAUGUGGGAAAGCCUUCAGUCAUCCCACUUCCUUCCGAAGGCAUGAAAGGACUCAUGGGGUAGAACCUUUUGAAUGUAAACAGCAUGGGAAAGACUUCAGUUGGCCUUCAUCUGUUGCAUGUUAAAACUCCCACCAGAAACAAAGUAUGAACGUAAGUAACAUGAGAAAGCUCAAUGAAAAUUAAUCCAUGUAUAAUGUUCCAGAAAACUUUCAACACAAAAGAAUUGUUUCUAACAAGUUGUAAAUAUAUUUUAUUAGGCCUCUUUUUUAAAGUACAUCAUUGAAGUGUGGGUUUCUACUAGUUAGUUUCAUAAAUGAUGAAUAUUGGGGUGAUAUACUUCUGCAAGUCAUCUUUCAACAAUAGUACAUAAGAGUAAAAGAUGGUGCUUUUACUUGAAUCACUUAAUGUUUUCUCUCUCCAUUUUGAAAUCUGUUGGAUCCGUGGGUGAAUUGAAAUGUCUUUCUGAUAUGUGCAUAGUCAGGUUUAAUUUUUUAUAGUUUUAUUCUGUGUUAAGGGGCAAUUGGAAAAUGUGAUAUUUGUUGGGAUUUUCCUACUGGAUAUCUGAAUACUGGGCAGUUCCUGGAUAUCUUUAUAGUCUAUUUUAUGUAUUCUACUUUUCUUAAUGACAAAGCUCCUUUUUUGGAGUUUCAUGUGAAUAAUUGUUUUUAUAUUUGGGCCUUUGCUUGUUGUCCUUCCUUUGACUAUUAUUUGGUGAAUAGAUUUUAAGAAGAGAGACCUGUGAUGGAACAGAUAUCUGAACCUGUGGGUAAUGUUAGAAACUAAAUUUUAUAGAAUCUAUCCCCUUUAUGGUUCCAUGCUAGAAUUCACCAAUAGCCUCACUUGCAUAGGCUUUGGAAGGCAGAAAUGAAUGAGACAUUAGUCAGAGUUUGGAGCCACCAUACGGGGAGAGAGACCAAUACAUAGGAACUUCAAGGAUAUCAUCUUCCAGCCCAUUUUUUGGAUUCUUUGACCUUCUAAUCAAGAGUACCUCAAAAUCACCACCAAUGUUUGAUUUCCAUUUUCAUAGAGCUGUAGGUUUCCACUGAUGUCUUCCCAAGAGGCACAUCAAAGAUCCAUUAGAGUUUGCAUUUUUCCGUAAGGUCUCUUGUAUCCACCAGGAAGCUACUUUGGACUUUAGUGCUUGGGAGUAUUGUCUGAUUCCCCUCUUCUCUAGAUUAUUAUCCUAAAUUCUACUUUAGGCUGUUAAUGGUGCUAGUGAGUAUGUUUUCCUGAUUCAUCAUGACAUCUGCAAGGCUGCAGUGAAAAACCAACAGGGGAAUGUAUAUCUCUACUGCAUUGUACACUGGCUGCUUUCACCUGAUCCUUCCAUGUGAAAAUAAGCUCCUUCCUUGUGUUGGUGUGUCCUGUUCAUAUAGUUGAAUGUAAUCUCUCAAUAUGUUUUAAAUUAUGUGUGUAUGUAAGUAGAAGUAUGUGAAUUUUUUUGUCACGGGAAUGCUUCUGUAGUUGUUUCAUAGAAACAUUUUAUUAACUGUUCUCUAAGCCAUUUAACUAGUGUGUUUUUUAUUUCCUGAGAGGAUGUAUGAAAAUGUCCCAUUAUAAUUAUCAGUUUUGAGGUAAACUUUCUAAUUUUCUUCAUUUAUUCAUUGUGCAUUAUGAGUCAAGAUUAUGUGCAUACCAGUUCAGGUAUUUUUUCUCUAGGAAAUUUUC